UCUUUCUCUUCCAUUUGCUUCUAUUAAGACAUAUAUAUGACUGUUCUUUAGUUUUGUAAAGACAUUAUAAACAAUUUUUAAUACUUUAAAAAAAAAAUGUUUGUUAAAUUUUUUACUUUUGUGAUUAUAGUAAUACCGGUUACAACUGAAUUGGUUCCUUAUAUUCACACAUGCGGCCGAAAAAAUCCAUAUCUUGAUAGUUGCGUCAAGCAUAGUGUUGAAGAUUUAAGGGAAAAGAUAUGUAUGGGAAUACCAGAAUUAGAGGCUCCACCAUUGGAGUCAUUCGUUAUUGACAAUAUGACUAUUUACGACACAAAUGAUGCCAAGUUAUUUCUCAAAGAUUCAAACAUGCUAGGGCUUUGCAAUUUCGUUUUGAAUACUAUCCAUGUAGAACUUGAAAAGCCCCAAAUCACUUUUACUUUGACAUUUCCAAAAGUUUAUGUAAACAGCACGUAUGAUAUUGCUAUACGUAUAUUGGUGCUUAUUGCUCAUAAGGGACCGAUUUAUUUUUCUCUAGAUAAUGUAUUAGUAAAAUACGCACUAGACUUGAAAAUAAUAACCAGAUACGGUGAAAAAUACGUAUAUGCAACAAAAAUAAAUUUGCAUCUUGAAUUUAAAAAAUUGGAAAUUAAGCUUGAUGCUAACGAACCAGCUCAGAUAAACGAAAUUAUUAGUACCUUCUUAAGCGACAAUAAAGAAGAAUUGAUUGCCCAAAUUAAACCAUCAUUAGAAACGGAAAUUUCUAAAAAACUACUUUUGAUUACAAACAAUAUACUUAAACAUUUUACUUUUGAUGAUUUAUUCCCUGAUCGAGAUUAAAUCAUGUUGUAAUUUUAUUAAGUCAAUAAUUUAAUAAUUAUCAUAUUCAAUAUAUUUUCCUUAAAAGUCUUAUGCGUUAAUAAAUAAACCAAUAUAACACAAAAUAUGGCUGUAUUUUAACUAUUAUUCUGCACGCGCGCUGGUGAAUAAGCAUUUAAUAAUUUUGAAGUAUUUUCUUGCGAUUUUUUCUCUGAUGGCGAUUAAAUCAUUAAUUAAAUCAAUUUAAUUAAUGUGUA